GCAGGAAGACGUGAAUAAACUCGCUAGUUCGUCGCACGCUCAAUCAACGCCAGGGGAAGCAGACCUAAACAGCCGUUAGAAAAAAAAUAGAAAUCAAAGAAAACGCGUGAAGCUAAUGAAGAGAGGAAAAGGGAAAAAUGGGAAGAGAAGGCUACCCCCGUGUCCACAACACAAAACAAAAAUUGUUAACCCAAAGAACGAAUGAAGUAGUCCGGAAUUAAGCUCCGAGGAAGACCAACUUCAAAAGCACAACUCGCACAACAAAUAUUUACGGAUCGGGAACCUUUUCAAACAGACAGACGAACAAUAACAAAACAAAACAUGAAAGAGAGAGUAGUCCUCGCAGAAGAAGCACAUGACGAAGGAAACGCUGUGUGCAGAAGACGAGUCGGGUUGAACGGCGAAAGAGCAUCACAACAGAGAUCUAUUCGGAAUCACCGAUCGCUCCACUCAGGACACUUUGUACUUGGCCCUCAUAAUCCUCCCGAUGGAAUCAGAGUGUUAGACUCGUCCGAAUGCGCCAAGCGCAGAAAUUCUCCAAAUGAAUUCAGAAUGUCUAGUGGGGGGAGGCCUUAAGACUACUUCCACAUUCGAGUUCGUUACAUGAUUCUUCAUCCCGUCAUGUGAGAUGCAGAAAGAAAGAAAGAAGUGGAGAGACGGAUAAGAGGGAACAAGUCAGAGCAACGGGGAGACAAUGGAGAAACCGAAACGCAGAAAACAAAACAAGCAGAGGAAGAACACAGCAAAACACGGGAAACUGGACAAGGAGAAGGAAAUUUGAGCAAGAGUACGAAGAACAUGGGUAAGUUGUACAAAAGAAAAGCAGGGAAACAGAAACCCUAAAACGGACGGAUUGGGGAAGCGCACCAGGGACUAGGAAAAACAAAACAAAACAUGGAAAACUGGACGAGGAGAAGAGAAUGUGAGCAAAAGGACGAAGAACAUGGCCAAAUUGUACAAAAUAAAAGGGGAAACAGAAACCCUAAAGUGGACGGAAUGGGGAAACGCACCAGGGACUCAGAACAAGGCGAAGAAAACAGAAUCAACGGAACAUUUAUUCAAAAUCAAACCCAGGAAGUCGGUCGACCAAGGCACCGCUUGGACUACGCCACAAAAGGAAACGCGAGAGAAGGGAGAAACUCGACAUGCGACCGAAGGGGAUGCAGGGAACGAGUAAAAACACAACAGAGGACACCGCCAUAAGAGUAGCGGAGAUCGACGCUGGGUGAUAAGGAACAAAAGGGGAAAUAAAUGCGAGUGCGAUUGCGAUUGCGAACGAUAGACGAGAACACAGCCCGGCUAAAAUGAAAGGUAAAAGGCGCUAUGCUGGGAGAGCACGCAAAGGAGAAAUACGAUUGACGAAAGGGGAGAGCGGAGGUCGACGGAAAACGAGGGAAGGCAAGGGGGAAGCGAGGGAGAACGAAGCGACACCGCACGUAACCGGCUAUUGUAGAACUCAAAGCGGAUACGUCGUAAGCGGAUUAGGGAACGAUCGGCCAAACGGGAAGCAACCCAGAGGAAUAGUGCAAGUGCGGGGUACGCAGAGCAGCAGUCGACGUCGUGCUAGCAGAAGAGAUAUCGAGGGGGGAAACGAGGGGGAAAAAGAAACGAAGUAACAGAGGAUCUCUUUAUACACACAGGCGGAGGCCGCAGCAAGAUGACGGAACGAUAGACAGGAAGACCAGGAAGAGCAAGGGAAGGAACGAGCAGGGAAGAGAGGAAUGAGUGGGAGAGGGAGACGGGCAAGGGGCAGUGAAAAGUAACGGAAAGAAAGUCGGGAGAGAAAUGAGCAGGGAGGGGGAAGAAAGAACAGGGAGGUGGGAGAAACGAGCGGGGAGGGAGGAGACGAGCAGGGAAGGGAGAGAAAAAAGCAGGGAGGAGGGAGAAAAAAGCAGAGAGGGGGAGAAAGAGCGCAGGGAAGGAGGAGAUGAGCGGGGAGGGUGAAGAGCAGGAGGGAGACCAGCAUUGAGGGGGGAGAGGAACACGAGGGAAAGACGAGCAGGUGGCGGGAAAAAGCAGCGAGGGAGGAGAAGAACAGGGAGGAGAAAAAGCAGAGGGGGGCGAAGAAAGCAUGGAGGGGGUAGAGAAAAGAUCGAGUGGAGAGAAAACGACUAUUGGGUGGGGAGAGGAAGUGGAAGGGCAGGGGAAGAAAAAAACGGAGAGGGAAAGGGCAGGGGAGGGGGGAAGAGCAUGCAGGGAGAACACAACAAAACGGAGAGAGAAAG